AUGAGUUACGAUCCAAGACCGAGCGCCCGGGCAUACGGUGCGCCAGGCGCAGACGAUGCAGGAGCGAAAAAGGGCUCAGUGCGAGCAGCGCGAGAGAGAAUGCAAGCCGCGCAAAUGCAAACACAGCUGCCGGACACGUCUAGGAUCAUAGGACUCCCCCAAAGGCCAAACCAAUUGGUGUCACAAUAUUCCACACAGGAUAGAUCCGAGCAGUCAGAGCGACCAGCAUCACCAGAAACCACCAGCUAUGCGGAAAUGACUUCUCCACUGCCACCAUGGCCUCUACCGAACGAUGUCGGCAACAUCCCAUCCACUUCGGUAGUUCCACCUCGCUCCCCAGAGAGACUGCAACCACCAGAACAGGGUAUCCGGCCUGUAUCUGAUGACUAUCCCAUUCAACAACCGUCCCCCGGAUAUCCGCCGCCAAUGUCUCCGGAUUAUCUUCGACCACCGUCUUCAGAUUACGGUGUGUCAUAUGCGAGUGACGACUUGUUAUUCUCGCCAUCUUCUCAGCAAUCUUCGCGCCCACUCACCAACUCUUCUGCCAUAUCAGAAGCAUCGUCGCUAGGAUCAAUACCCGACUUCCCUGUACCUCAAAUACCAGCAUCAAUUCAGCAAGCUCGGCGGACGCCAAGCCUAGGCCCGCCUCCGUCUGCGCGGAGAGGACCUUCUUCAUACUACACUCAGAUGUCUUACGUAUCCCCGAUUGCUGAAGAGUCAGAAACGCGGUCCAACACAAUACGGUCGCGCCAUGGGUCCUAUGCUUCCAGCAACGUGUUUCCAACGAACACCAACGACGACUUCUAUCCAGAUGAUGACCUGUUCUCGGAUGACGACGAAACGAUAACGAGUGACCGUGGUACUAUUUCGCCGACUGAGCAUGACGACCGGAGCGGUCUGGUGAAACAACAGCCUGCGCUGGUCCGACAAGCAAGUUUGGGGAGAAGAACGAAACCAUCGCUGAUGACAAUAAAAUCCGUGGAUAGCUUUGGGAGCAAAGGCAAUGCCGGGAAAAAGAGGCCAGACGCAGUUGGGGCCGGCACCGGCGCGAUUGGAGCUGCAGCUGCGUUAGUAGCAGCAAGAGAUGGCGCCUCGCAAGGAUCUCAGAGCUCCAGUCUCAGCAACGCCGCCGGACAAAUGGACGCCUCUUCGUCUUCCUCGGAGUCAGUAGACACGCUUCAAUACCUGAAAAGCCAAAAUGGAAACUACGCAGACUCUAAAUCACCGACGCAUCCUCUGCAACAGGAAACGCGAUUCACGAGCCUAGCCGAUCGUGUUGGGCUACGACGGCCACCGAAGCUCGACGUGGACGCUGUGCGCGACGCUGAGGCGCGGGGCAGCUUGACAAGCUUGCCAGAUUUGAUACGUAGGGCAACAAGAUUGGCGGCCAACCUAGACCGCGGAAAGACUGCGAGUCGGCUGGGCCUAGAUUUCUGGGAAGCUGGAGGGCCUGAUAAGAGAGACAUUCGUCAAUCUGGGCUAUCUGACAUGCUUGCUGCUUUUCCACCACCAGGCCAGGACACCCCUUUGCGAUCGGGUACUCCGAAUGUUGGAAACCAUGGCAUGUCAAAAUGGCCAUCAACGGGCGUUGAGUCACGAAUGGGUAUGACCGAUUCCGGGUCCAGCAACGAGAAGUCUAGGAAACGCCGCAGGUGCUGCGGUAUGCCUAUGUGGACAUUUGUGACCCUUUUGAUUGUGUUGCUCUUUUUCAUCGCCGCCGCAGUCAUCAUCCCAGUCGUGCUCAUCGUUCUUCCGAAUCAGAACAAAAGUAACAGCAAUGCCGCCCAAAAUACCCAAGGAAGUAGCCACACAAACAUGCCGCAACUACCGGCUCCAACGGCUAAGCCGGACACUGAUAAAUGCGAUGGUAUUAUUACGUGUCAAAAUGGCGGUAUUGCGAUACUCAACUCGGAUCGAACAUGCAAUUGCGUUUGUAUCAACGGCUUCACAGGACGAACAUGCACCAACAACGAUGCAACUGGAUGCACGAGCACUAGCAUCAGCGGCGCCGCGAACAAUGCCACCAUGGGCUCUGGGAUCCCUCGUCUGAUCGAAAGUGCGACCAACGACUUCAAUAUUCCUCUGGACGCCACGCGCAUCUUGUCGAUCUUCUCCAACUUGUCUCUCAGCUGUGCCGCAGAGAAUGCGCUGAUCACAUUCAACGGUCUUGCGUCCCGUUCCGUCUCGCAAUACUUCCAAUCCGUCAAUCUUAAAAAUGUUCUGCAGCCUACUCGGACAUUCCCUAAUCUACACCAUCCACAUCCGGCGCCAGCGCUACAUCAGCCUGAGAAGCGGCAAACGGUUGGCGACACUCCGGUCUCGAAAGAUCAGAAUGCCCCCGGAUCCAGCAUCACGAAAUCUCAGCCUGUAUCUAGCAACGUAACUGCUCUCGAUUUUGCGCGCGUUGGCGUUCUCCUGGCGCUCCAGGAGAGCGGUGGACUGGAUAUUGCAGCUAGUGCCCAGGAGGCGAUUCAAAACUUCCUCACUAAGAGCCGAAAUGGUAACUCUGUCGGUAACACGGUCAACGUCAACCUUUUCAAAUUAGACCUUGUCAAUUUCACUAUCGAGUUCAAGAACGGGACUACGAUCCGCGCAACCCCAUCGUCGUCAAAGUCGUCAUCCUAA